UUCCCUUUGAAUCGGUCGCAAUUUGUAAGGAAAUCGGCAGUGACUUAAAAUAAUGUGGAUUACUAAAGGACUUAUUAAAAUUAAAUAAAAAAGUGCUAUAUGUAGAAUGAAACGAAUGUAGUGUACAAAAAAAUAAUAUACAUAAGUAAACUCAAACAAAGAAAUUUCGUCUUGGGUUAAUGUAUUUGCACAAGUUCACUUAUUUAUUUGUAACUUGUAUAUAAAUUACAUAGCUGAUAUUUGAAAAUAACAUUAUAACAACUUUUAUUACCAAUUCAAAAAUAAUAAUAUAAUUUAUAAAAGAAAAAUGCCCAGCGCUUCCUUUACAUCGUCACGUUCAUACGUGCGCCGUUCCCGUCGAAAAGGUGUCAAUCGCAUAGCUUUACCAAAUCGUCCAUCCGGUAACAUAAUGGAUCCUAUGCAGCAAAACAUUCCCGGACCAAGUUCUGCCUCACAUUCUGGAGCAAAUUCCAGUUCUAACGCCGGUGCAUCUUCCCUUCAAAAUAAUGACAAUAUUACAAAUUCAAAUAUUUCGCCUGCUCCACAAGACUCAUCAUCAAUUCAAACAAAUCCUCAUUCGACAUCAUCAACCGCAUCAUGUUCUUCUGGUGAUACAUCAUCGCAAUCAGCUGCAAUUGUAGUGAGCACCUCGUCAGCAGCAGCAGCAGCGUCAACUGCUGCUGGUGCUGUUUCAUCAGAAAUGUUUGUGGAUGUCUAAGCAUCCUGUUCACAAUCGUCAAAUUCAGGGCCUUCUACGUCUAGCGGUAUUUCAGGUCCUUGCUCAUUUGGAGUAGUCAACUCAAAAAACGUGCUUGGAGCUUCUUGUUCUAAUAAUAUAAUAGGAUCGUCAGGUUUUAAUGGAGGAGGAGGUUUUGUGGGAGGUCAUCUGAUGGAUUCUGGAUCGAGUAAUCCUUGUCCAGGUCCGUCAAGUAGUUCAAAUCAUAAUAGUACCAGUACUUCUAGUAUUGUAAAUCAUACAAGCAACUGUAAUUCACAUUAUUCAAAUUCGGUAUUGUGCAACUCGUUAUCAAAUGUAACUGCAUCUACUUCUGCGUCUGCGACCAAUAGUACACAUCAAUCACCAUAUGAUCUUCGUCGCAAGAUGCCCGCUAAUGGACAUGAGCAUUGGUGUAACACCAACACAUCUGCUAUUCUUUCAUCUCCUCCUGCAAUCGUUUCUACAGCCAGCAGCAGCAAUAUUGCAGCUCCAAACACUAACAAUAGCAGCUCGCAAUCAGUUUCCUGUGGCUCACCGCCUCAUCUGGGAGGAAGUUGCAACCCCGCUUCCAUCUCUGUUAUGCCAUCAUCAUCAUCCUCGUCAUCAGCAAUUGUGCAUACGCCAUUAACUAGUGCCACUUUUCCUGUAAAUUCAACUACUACUGGUGCACCAUUAGGCCCAUCGCCUACAGUGCACAGUUCAAUACCACAACAGCAUUGCAGUGAUCUUCCGAUUGGCGGAAUUGAAGACAAUAAUUUUAUGUUACCAGCUCGCAAACGAUCACGACGUUUGUAUGCACAAACUGCAGAAGUACCCUGCGUGGCUGCCUGUACAGGCAGCAGCAUGCUAGCAGGUCCAACUGCGGCUCAAUACUUACAAUACGAAAUGCCCGACGAAGUUUUACUCGCAAUAUUUUCGUAUCUUCUAGAGCAGGAUUUGUGUAGGUUAUCACUUGUUUGUAAACGUUUUAACACUAUCGCUAACGAUACCGAAUUGUGGAAACGAUUGUAUCAGUCCGUGUUCGAAUACGAUAUGCCACUAUUUAAUUCUGAACUAUGUAAAUUCGUCUUUGAAAAACCAGAAGAAUCUGAGUUUACCAAUCCAUGGAAAGAGAGUUUCCGGCAACUUUACCGUGGCGUACACGUUCGUGCAGGUUUUCAGGAUAAAAAGUACUCCGGCCGUAGUAUAUUAUUCUUCAAUACAAUACAAGGAGCGCUGGACUAUCCUGAAGAACGCGCCGCAGCUGCGGCCAUUGCUAGUUCAAGCAGUUCAAAUGCGUCUGGAAGUAUUGCUAAUUCAAGCAAUUGUGGUAGUAAUGUUAGUGCAGUUGCGAACAUUUAUGAAGAAAAUAUACAACCCGCCGAUCAUCCAGGGCCACUUAUCUUCCUACAUGCUGGUCAUUACAAAGGCGAAUAUUUGUAUAUAGAAUCGGAUGUAGCUUUGAUUGGUGCAGCAUCUGGAAAUGUGGCCGAAUCCGUCAUAUUAGAACGCGAAGCGGGUUCCACUAUGAUGUUUGUAGAAGGUUGCCGAAGAAAAUAUGCUUAUGUCGGCUAUUUGACGCUGAAGUUCUCCCCUGAUGUCACAUCCACAGUGUCUCAUCAUAAACAUUAUUGUUUGGAUAUUGGAGAGAAUUGCUCACCAACAGUAGAUAACUGCAUUAUACGCAGCUCAUCGGUUGUGGGCGCAGCUGUUUGUGUUAGUGGUGUUAAUGCUAAUCCUGUCAUACGCAACUGCGAUAUAAGCGAUUGCGAGAAUGUUGGUCUUUAUGUAACGGACUACGCUCAAGGAACUUAUGAGCACAAUGAAAUAAGUCGCAAUGCUUUGGCCGGAAUAUGGGUGAAGAACUUUGCCAGUCCUAUUAUGCGCGAGAAUCACAUUCAUCAUGGACGCGAUGUAGGCAUAUUUACAUUUGAAAAUGGAAUGGGUUACUUUGAGAAAAACGAUAUACAUAACAAUCGCAUUGCGGGUUUUGAAGUCAAAGCGGGUGCAAACCCUACUGUAGUCAAAUGCGAGAUUCAUCAUGGGCAAACCGGCGGAAUUUAUGUGCAUGAGAAUGGUUUGGGGCAGUUUAUUGAGAAUCGCAUACAUUCAAAUAAUUUUGCAGGCGUCUGGAUAACUUCAAAUAGUAAUCCCACUAUACGCAAGAAUGAAAUAUAUAAUGGACAUCAAGGAGGUGUAUACAUAUUUGGAGAAGGUCGUGGGCUCAUCGAGCAUAAUAAUAUAUAUGGGAAUGCUCUGGCUGGUAUACAGAUACGAACGAAUAGUGAUCCGAUAGUACGUCACAAUAAAAUUCAUCACGGCCAACAUGGGGGUAUAUACGUACAUGAAAAGGGUCAAGGUCUUAUUGAAGAAAACGAAGUGUAUUCCAACACUCUGGCAGGAGUUUGGAUAACAACAGGCAGUACUCCAGUUUUGCGCCGAAAUCGCAUACAUUCUGGAAAACAGGUGGGUGUAUAUUUUUAUGAUAAUGGUCAUGGAAAACUUGAGGACAACGACAUCUUCAAUCACCUGUACUCAGGUGUGCAAAUACGUACUGGCAGCAAUCCCGUUAUACGUGGAAAUAAAAUUUGGGGCGGACAAAACGGUGGUGUAUUAGUUUACAAUGGUGGUCUCGGUUUAUUAGAGCAAAAUGAAAUAUUUGAUAAUGCAAUGGCUGGGGUGUGGAUUAAAACUGAUUCAAAUCCGACAUUGAAGCGCAAUAAGAUAUAUGAUGGACGCGGGGGCAUUUGUAUUUUUAAUGGUGGCAAAGGUAUCCUUGAGAACGACAUCUUCCGUAAUACUCAGGCUGGUGUUCUCAUCUCUACCCAAUCUCAUCCAAUUCUGAGACGCAAUCGUAUUUACGAUGGUCAGGCAGCUGGAGUCGAAAUCACCAACAAUGCAACUGCGACAUUAGAGCAUAAUCAAAUAUUUAAAAAUAAAUUCGGUGGAUUAUGCCUAGCGAGCGGUGUUCAGCCCAUUAUACGCGGCAAUAAUAUAUUCAACAACGAAGACGAAGUCGAAAAGGCAGUAUCCGGAGGACAGUGUCUGUACAAAAUUAGCAGUUAUACAUCAUUUCCAAUGCACGACUUCUAUCGUUGUCAAACAUGUAAUACCACUGACCGCAAUGCGAUUUGUGUCAAUUGCAUUAAGAAUUGUCACGCAGGACACGAUGUGGAGUUCAUACGACAUGACCGCUUUUUUUGUGAUUGCGGUGCUGGUACGCUUUCGAAUCAGUGUCAGUUGCAAGGCGAACCCACACAGGAUACGGAUACUCUCUAUGAUUCAGCUGCCCCGAUGGAAUCUCAUACUCUUAUGGUGAAUUAAUAUCUUUCAACAAUUAAUAAAUAUCAAUAAUCUAAUAUAAAUGAACUGGACUGAAAAAAAUGGAGAUUGAUUCGAAUUAACGAUCUAGUAAGAGAGUAUAAGAAAGUCGGAUGCCAUUUCUUGACUUUUAAUCUAAUAGGCCAUUCGACCCUACUGACGUUGAUUGAAAAAGCUAGAAUCUGAAAAUGCUACAGGGUGCGCCGUCUUUUAUGUCUGUAUAUAAAUAUUUAAAAAAUAUAGCAUUUACCUAGAUAAUUGAGUUGGCGAGACAUGUUCUACUAACCUCAAAUUUUUGAGCUAGAGAUUGAAGCUAAUACAGAUAUUCGAAUCGGUUCCUUGGAAUA